UAAUCAGCGCUUUGGUAUUUGCAUUGACUGACGUCUGGUUUAGACGAGGGGCGGAGUCUGGAGCGAUGACACGUCAGAAGGCAACAGACAGUCACGUCUCUCUUUAUAGAUGUGUAGCGACGCGGUUCUGCUAACAGCAUCUCCUGUUUACUAGCGGAGACUGGAAGUAUGAGGAUUUCAAUGCUAGUGUCUCUCAUCCGGCCGAGCGGGCCUAUUAUUGUGGGCAUCUCUCUGGGAUUCACCCUGAGCCUCCUGAGCGUCACCUGGGUGGAUGAAUCCUGCGACUCUGACUGGAUGGGAGCCGACGAGAUGCUCAUAGGGCAGCCUGGAAGCUUAAAAGGGGCCCGAAAACCCAGUUCCAUAUCCAGCGGUACCAACGACAACGGGAACGCCGAGGAGGAUUUUGAGCCCCGAAUAGUACCGUAUAACAAGCCUGCCCAAGAUGGUCCUCCCAAAAAAGUUUUCAGAGCCAAGUAUGCCAGCACAGAGCUUGGAAUCCGUGAACGUCUCUUUGUUGCAGUAUUUACCUCUAAAACCACCCUGAACACGUUAGCUGUGGCCGUCAACCGAACCCUCAACCACCACCUGGAUGGUCAUCUCGUCUUCUUUACGGGCACUCGUAAUCGUAAAAUCCCUAAUGGGAUGUCUGUGGUCGCUCACGGGGAUGAUCGUCCGGUCCCAAACAUGUUCCAGUCAGUCCGAUACCUCCUCGAUCAUCACAUCGCUGAGUUUGAUUGGUUCUACUUUGUCCAGGAUGACACUUACACCCAGCCGCAAAGACUGAAGCGCUUAGUGAGUCACCUGAGCAUGGACCUCCAGCUUUACAUGGGGCAUUCAGGAGAGUUCAUUGGAGCUGAAACCCAGGGGAGGUACUGCUACGGUGGCCCAGGAUUUCUGCUGUCCCGUGCACUGCUUCUGAAGCUACAGCCCUUCUUGGAGCAUUGCAGGACAGACAUUAUAAGUGUCAGACCUGAUGAGUGGCUCGGUCGCUGUAUCAUUGAUUACGCUGGUGUAAACUGUGUGGAGGAAUAUGAGGGGGUGAAUUAUAAUUAUUUUAGAAUGGAAAACAACAUGGACUUUCUCAGAAUGGAGAACGACAGAUUCCAGAAAGCUCUCACUGUUCAUCCUGUGAGCAGUGCAGAUCUUAUGUAUCGACUGCACAAACAUUUCACAGAAAUAGAACUGCAGAGGACCUAUGAGGAGAUCGAAAAACUACAGUCUGAGAUAAAGAACGUCAGUGAAGUAGCAGCAGAUGGAAACAAGAGUGCUCUAUGGCCCAUCGGCAUCACACCUCCUUUUGAGCCCAAAAACCGAUUCGAGGUGCUGCGUUGGGACUACUUUACAGAAGAGAACCUUUUCUCCUGUCUGGACGAUGCCCCCAAAUGCACAAUCAAUGGUGCUGAUCGUGUGGACGUGAUCGAUGUCAUCAAGGUUGCUGCUGAAGAGCUCAAUAAAAAAUACAACCCCUUUGUACAGCUGAGUGAACCACAUCUGGUGAAUGGUUACAGGCGCUUGGACCAUACUCGAGGGAUGGAGUACACCUUGGACCUGCAAUUCCAGGCUACCACAGAGUCUGGCCACCAGAAAUCAAUCACACGUCGUGUACACCUCGUGCGACCCCUCAGCCAGGUAGAGAUCAUCCCUAUGCCUUAUGUCACUGAGGCCACGCGCAUCAAUAUCCUUCUACCCAUCAGCAGUUAUGAAUCUCAUGCAGCUCUGCGUUUCCUAGAUCACUGCUCCACAAACUUGUUUGAAACCAGUGAGAAUGCAGUCCUAAACUUCUUGUUCACCUACGAACCUGCGGAGGCCCAAAAAGUGAGUACAAAUGACGUCUUUAAAGAGGUCAAAGCGAAGAUUACUGCCGUCGAGAGCAGAUAUCCCAACGUGAAGGUGUCUUGGAUCAGCAUAAAGACAGAAAGUCCUGGCGUCCUGCGGAUCCUGGACAUUGUUUCUAGGAAGCACCCAGUGGAAACACUCUUUCUUCUGGCCACAGUGGACACCGUGUUCAACUCUGAGUUCUUGAAUCGCUGCCGUAUGAAUGCCAUCAAUGGCUGGCAGGUUUUCUUUCCCAUUCAUUUCCAAGAGUUUGACCCCAUCGUGGCGUAUCCCGACCAGACUCCCCCUUCCUCACCAGAUCUCCUCAGGGAAGCUGGUCACUUUGACCGAUACACAUUUGAGGAGGCGUGUUUCUAUAACUCAGACUACAUGUCUGCGCGCACUCGGAUGCCUGGGGAUUUACAGGAGAACGAGGAGCUGCUGGAGAGCCUGGAUCUUUAUGACGUGUUUGUGCAGUACUCGGGACUGCAUGUGUUUCGCGCUGUGGAGCCUGCUUUGCGUCAGGCUUACCGCAACCGGACUUGCGACCCUCGGCUGAGUGAGGAUGUUUUCCAUCGUUGCCUUCAGAGCACUCUGGAGAGCCAUGGGUCACGUUCGCAGCUCGCCAUGCUAAUAUUUGAACAAGAGCAAGGCAACAGCACCUGAGGAGCAUUCAAGACAGCAACAGACUAGCUAACCGCUAGCAGUAAUGCUUCUUGUUUUGACAUCUCUCAAGCAGCAAACAAUAGCAAACCUCUUUGAUUAUUACUGAAUCCAUAAAGAAAUGUUCUGAGAGGAACUUUUGGAGACAUUUAACAAGAAGACACUUGAGCACUUGACUCCUGAUUUUUAAUGCACUACAAAAAUAUUAUACUUUUAAAUAUAUAUAUAUAUUUUUAAUUUUGUAUUACAGUUAUGAUGUUUGUUUGUUAUGAUGACUUUCUUAAUGUUGAUUUCCUAAUACAGUAAACGUAAUUUCCUUACAGGCUGGUGGAGUUAAACCCAAAGUAUACUUCGCAUUUGACGCAAAUGCUAACAUACAGUAUGCCAUCAACCAAACUCAUAUCCUGGGUUUGAAUUUGCCCUCGUCAAUACUAAAUAGGUGUGAUAGCUAGUUUAGAUUAAGUUAUAGAACAGUGGUGGGCAAAUUGUUUAGACCCGAGGGCCACAUCACGUUUUGCAAACCAAGUGAAGGGCCACAUGUCAAAUCCUU